AUGAAACAGGCAUUGAAACAGGAAUUGAGAAGAAUUCAAGAAGAGGAAGAAGAAAUGGGGAAAAAGACUGGGAGAAAAGGAGAAACGACAUAUAUGGAAGCUUCAGUAUCACCAUCAGCUGGCACUGGGCUGCCUGGUCUUGGUCUAUCGAUGACACCCUUCUCUAUACCUGAAUCUUCAGUGUCGAUGAAGUCAACUGUAUCUGCAAAUGAAACAGGCAUUGAAGGAAGAAUUCAAGAAGAGGAAGAAAGAAAAAAAAUUGGGCGAAAAGGAGAACGAUAUAUGGAAGCUUCAGUAUCACCAUCAGCUGGCACUGGGCUGCCUGGUCUUGGUCUAUCGAUGACACCCUUCUCUAUACCUGAAUCUUCAGUGUCGAUGAAGUCAACUGUAUCUGCAAAUGAAACAGGCAUUGAAGGAAGAAUUCAAGAAGAGGAAGAAGAAAUACAAAAAGCGAAAAGGAGAAACGACAUAUAUGGAAGCUUCAGUAUCACCAUCAACUGGCACUGGGCUGCCUGGUCUUGGUCUAUCGAUGACACCUUCUCUAUACCUGAAUCUUCAGUGUCGAUGAAGUCAACUGUAUCUGCAAAUGAAACAGGAAUUGAGGAAGAAUUCAAGAAGAGGAAGAAGAAAUGA